UGUGAAACCGGAAAUUUUAUUAACAUCCUACUUGAUUAAUCAUUUAGUUUUAUCAUAAUAAAAUACUAUAUAAAGCGCAGAUCAUAUAGUUACAUGUAUCAGUUCUCACUUUUCUUUUUCUUUUAGAAUCUGUAUUUAGUUACUGUUUGCUUACAAUGAAAAGCGGUACUUGUUUCCAUUUUGGAUUUUUUUCAGUCAUUUUAGUUACAUGUGUUGUCACGGGAACUGGCGUGGUGAUAGACUGCUAUAGUACAACGGUAAAUAACUACACCGGCCACCAGCAGACGACAAAGAACGGAACACCGUGCAUAAGAUGGGAUUCUUUGGAUGAUUAUGACUUCAUAAAUAAACAAUUCAACGACGUUACAGUAUCAGAUGCAGCCAAUUUUUGUCGUGCUGUAGGAAAGGAUUUUCUGUGGUGCUUGACGUCAAACAGCGGCAGUUGGGAUAAGUGUGGAAUUGAAAAAUGUGAUAACAACGGUAUACGCAAAUGUGGAAAUCUGAAAAUUGAGCAACCAGCUUUAGUAGGAAGAAACGUAACGUUUACUUUUACCCCGGACUCACAUGAUCCAGAUGCAAUUCUGGAAUGGCAACGUGCAACUGAAGCUAAACGAUAUUCAUGGUACACUCGUCCUUUAACACACAAGUUCAUACAGUACAAUCAAAAUGGAAUAUACUACAUGGUCUUAACAAACAGUGUACCUAAAGGUGAUGAACUCUAUUACCGGAUACAUUAUUACAACGAAAGCAUGCAUUGUUGGAUGGAAGCAGGGAAACUUGAACUUGAUGACAACGAUGUCGAGGAAACGGAGAAUAUUUUACAUUCUUUGGAAGAAAAGCAGAAGAUUAUCAACGAUCUUCAUGACCAAAUUUUAGAUGUACUUUCGACGGAUAAUGAAGGCGAGAUAGAGGAGGAGGUGAUCACACAGCACGAUUAUAGUUACCUUAUACAGUCAACUAUUAACAAGAUCAAGAAGAAUUAA